AUGGGCAGGAAGAACAAGAAAAACCCUUCAAAAACUCGCAGCUGCACUGUUUGCCACACUGAGGACAACAGUAGGAUGGUGCAGUGUGACAAGUGCCAUAAUUGGAACCAUUUUGACUGUGCUGGAGUGUCAGAGGACGUCGAGAACAGGUCUUGGUACUGCCAAUCUUGCACUGCGGAUAAACCUGUUUCUGCGAGAUUGAAAAAUCGUAAUGCGCGUAAGGAUAUACAAGCUGGAUGUUCGGGAGAGUACCCAAACGAAGAACCGAAUGAUUUGGAAUCUACAGCAGGUUCAUCGUCUCAUGUAUCCCUGUGCAGUACACCACAACGUUGCCAUAAACAACCGCCUAACAUUUCGGAGCAAGUAGAACUGCAACUCCGUUUGCUCGAAGAACGGAAGGCUUUGGAAAGUAGGUAUCUGGAGGAGCGCUUCGAAAUUCUCAUGAGAGCCGCUAAAGGUGUAACUAUGCAAACCGAAGAACCCUCAUCACUAGGGGUUCCAAAACAUCAUUCUUCGCCGGUCCCAAACAAUCAUUCAUCAUCGGUUCCAAACCAGCAUUCUUCACCGGGUCCGAAUCAUCAUUCUUUACCUGUCGAGCAAUCGAAUAAUAAUCCGUUGCCUGUCUCAAUCGCUGGUUUUGACCCGAUAUUACUUAAUCGUAGCCAAGCAACGGCACGACAAGCAGUUUCAAAGGAACUACCUUCUUUUAAUGGUAAUCCAGAGGAAUGGCCACUAUUUCUGGCAACCUUCGAAAGCUCUACCAAAAUGUGCGGAUAUACUGCGGAAGAAAAUAUGCUGCGUUUACAACGCUGUCUUGGCGGAAAGGCCAGAGAGUCCGUUCGAAGCCAAUUACUGCACCCUUCGAACGUGGACGGUGUCAUUUCAACUUUGGAAAUGCUGUACGGACGCCCGGAGUAUAUCAUCAACACUUUAAUCCAAAAAAUACGGUCUUUGCCAGCACCGAAAGAGGACAAAUUUGAAACGCUGGUUGAUUUUGCGAUCGCAGUGCGCAACAUGGUGGCUACUGUGAAAGCCUGCAAAAUUGAUGAUUACCUCUACAACGCAUCCUUGCGGCAAGAAUUAGUGGAGCGGUUGCCGCCAAUGAUUAAAUUAACCUGGGCUGUGAAUAUUAAAAAUAUUCCGCGAGUUACGCUAGAAGAAUUCAGUGAUUGGUUGUACAGCCUAGCGGAAGCAGCCAGCGCCGUUACCGAUAAACCUUACACGGCGGCUCCUGAAACUAAACGGAAGGGACGUAAAGAUGACGGGUUUUUAAAUGCUCAUCAUGAAUCAUUUCCUAUGCCAGACACGCAGAUGCUUGCAUCACAACAGUUUCAUAAUACCAACUUCCAGCAGAACACCGGUUGUGUAAUUUGUCAGAAUAACUGCGAAUCUCUCGAUAAGUGCACAACAUUUACACAAAUGAACCUGCCAUCUCGUUGGGCAUCUUUGAGGAAUGCCAAUUUGUGCAGGUGUUGCUUGAAAAGGCAUAGAGGAGCUUGUAGACGUAGCAUUCCCUGCGGGGUGAAUGGUUGUUCUGCUAAACACCACCCACUAAUGCAUAACAACUCUUCUUUCAAUCCACUACCGGUAUCUUCCAAUCCCGAACCGCAACCUGGAACAUCAAGUCGUAACGUCGUGGAGAUGAAUCUUAACACGCAUCGCAGUACAUCCAGUCACGUUCUGUUUCGCUAUGUCCCAGUGAUUCUACACAACAAUGGAACCGAAAUUUACACCUACGCCUUCUUAGACGAUGGAUCAUCGUUAACGCUCCUUGAAGAAGACUUAGCAAAGGAACUUAAAUUAGAAGGAAUCUCUAGCCCGUUGUGCAUUUACUGGACAGCUGAUACGCAUCGGUACGAGGAUUCAUCCCGAUUAGUUUCCCUACAAAUCUCCGGUGUUAAGAAUCGAGCAAAUAAGAUCAGGUUAUCUGAAGUGCACACAGUGAAGCGUUUGAAACUCCCACCCCAAUCGUUAGACUUCAAUAAGAUGGCUGAACAGUAUCACCACUUGCAAGGACUCCCUAUUAAAUCUUACCAAUGUGUCAGGCCGAGGAUCCUGAUAGGUAUUAACAACGUUAGAGUUACGCUUGCCCUCGAUAGCAGAGAAGGUAAAAUUGACCAGCCUGUAGCUACAAAGACGCGACUAGGCUGGGUCCUCUGCGGUAGGAAUUCGGAUUCUCAACAAACAGCAAACGAUGUGUCUCAUCUCAACCUUCACGCUGGGACGCAAUUGGGAAGCAGUGAUAGUGAUCUACAUAACCUCGUCAAGUAUUUUUUCACCCUCGAGAGCAUAGGAAUAGCUAAAACGCAGCAGCUACCUAUGUCCAAAGAAGACGAACAAGCUCUCAAAACGUUGAUCCAGGACUAUGUUAACAAAGGCUACGCUCGCAAGCUGUCCCAAACUGAAUCUGAAGCUCCUCGAAAGCGAAUAUGGUACCUUCCAAUGUUUCCCGUAUUCAAUCCAAACAAACCGGGCAAACUCCGUGUCGUCUGGGAUGCCGCUGCAACCACCAACGGUAUCUCGCUAAAUUCCCUCCUCUUGAAAGGCCCCGAUCAGUUGACGGAACUACCAGCUGUGUUGUACAAAUUUCGUGAGCACCGGGUGGCCAUUGGAGGGGACUUGCGCGAGAUGUUCCACCAGGUGCUUAUGAAGGAGGACGAUCAACACUGCCAGCGCUUUCUCUGGCGUAACAACGAACACCAACAAAACCCCGAUGAAUACGUUCUUCAAGUGAUGUCGUUUGGAGCAACAUGUUCCCCAAGUUGUGCGAUAUUUGUCAAAAACGAAAAUGCUGAUCGAUUUAAAACUAACUAUCCAGCAGCAGUUGAUGCUAUUAAAGGCCAUUAUGUCGACGAUAUGCUUUUAUCCGUCGAAACGGAAGAAGAAGCUAUUAAAAUAGCAAAAGAAGUGCAUUAUAUUCAUUGGAAAGGUGGUUUUGAGAUGCGAAACUGGAUCUCAAAUUCUUCCAACGUACUUUCAGCAUUGGGCGCAGAUCCAGUUCUAGAGAAAAAUCUCAAUAUCGCCACUGAGUCUGCCAACGAAAAGGUUCUCGGAAUGUGGUGGUCAACCAAUUCCGAUUUAUUUUCUUACAAAGUAUACACCAAACGAAAUGAGAAAAUUUUGCUAGAGGGAAACCGUCCUACCAAAAGAGAGCUGCUGAGCACAUGCUACCGACUUAAAACAUCCAACAGUUCCUCCAACAGAGUUCAGCUUCACACAUUCGUGGACGCCAGCGAGAACGGAAUCGCUGCAGUUAGCUAUUUCCGAUUCGAAGAGAACGGAACCGUCGAAACCUCUUUGGUCACCGCAAAAAGUCGUGUAGCGCCUUUGAAAUUUGUCUCCAUUCCACGUUUGGAAUUGCAAGCUGCUGUCGUUGGAUGUCGAUUGGCUAAAAGUGUCGAGAAAGGCCAUACUUACAAAAUUUCUAAGCGAUAUUUUUGGACAGAUGCUCGCGACGUUCUUUUCUGGCUACGAUCUGAUCACCGUCGCUUCUCUCCGUUUGUUGCGAAUCGAGUCAGUGAGAUACUUGAAGACACUGAUCUCAGCGAAUGGAAAUGGGUCCCAACCAAACUAAAUGUAGCCGAUGAAGCUACCAAAUGGAAGUGCGCGCCCAGCUUUGAUGGAACAAGCCGUUGGUUUUGUGGUCCACAAUUUCUCCUGGAACUCGAACGUGAUUGGCCAACAAUGCCGGAUAUUACUCCGACUAAUGAAGAACUUCGUCCUACUAAAUCUGGUUUCCUGCAUCACAUCAGCUCCAACGACGUCGGGUGGGCUCGGUAUCCUGGAAACAUACGCAAGGAAAAACUGGGCGAACCACGACAAAUUGGUCCAGCUAGUGGCGAGGAGUUGGCGAGGGCUGCCAAUUACUUGUACCGGAACGCACAACGUGAGUAUUUUACAAACGAGUGGAUUAUGUUGAAAUCGAAUAACACCAUUCCGAAAUCAAGUUCUUUGUACAAAGUGGAACCAUACUUAGAUGAGUCUGAAGUCAUGCGAAUUCGCGGACGUUUGGGUGCCUUUACGGGUGCAGACAAUUCCUUCAAGCAUCCGAUAAUCCUUCCUAGAAAACACCGGAUUACGCUUCUCGUGAUGUAUAGCAUACAUGUCAAGUUCCGACAUCAAAUGCAUCAAGCGGUGAUUAACGAGACUCGUAGUAGAUACUAUAUCCCCAGACUCCGUUCAGUAUACAAAGAUGUAAAAAAGUACUGUCAGUUCUGCAAAAAUCGUACAGCAAAUCCAAUACCGCCAAGAAUGUCGGACCUCCCUCCUUCUCGACUUGCUGUUCAUGCUCGACCAUUCUCGUUCAUGGGCGUUGAUUAUUUCGGCCCGAUGUUGGUGACUGUUGGGCGCCGUGUGGAGAAGCGUUGGGGCGUGCUUGCUACGUGCCUUACAACUCGUGGAGUCCACAUAGAGAUAGCUCAUUCGCUUACUACUUCUUCGUGUAUUAUGGCAAUCCGAAAUGUAAUGGCUAGACGAGGUAUUCCUGUUGAAAUAAUAAGUGAUCGUGGUACAAAUUUUAUUGGCGCCAGUAAGGAACUUAAACUUGCACUGAACGAAGUAAACCAGGAAAAAAUAGUUGCAGAGUUUUCGUCCGAAGAUACCAAAUGGUCAUUUAAUCCUCCAGCCUCCCCACAUAUGGGGGGUAGUUGGGAACGUCUAAUCCAGACAGUCAAAAGGGUACUGGCAGUCGUUUUUCCUACGCAGCGUCUCCCAUCCGACGAAGUUCUAAGAAAUGCGUUGAUAGAAAUAGAAAAUAUCCUCAAUUCAAGGCCGUUGACCUACGUCCCAAUAGACAGUGAAUCAGAGCCAGCUCUAACACCGAACAGUUUUUUACAAAAUUCUUCAACUGGAUGCAAACCACUUGUGCAGUUUGAUGACAGUGGAAAGGCCUUGCGUAGAACGUGGAUGGUGUCUCAAGCAAUAGCGAAUGCUUUCUGGAAACGUUGGGUGGCAGAGUAUCUACCCGAAAUAACUCGGAGAAGUAAGUGGUUCUCAGAAGCGAAACCGAUUAAAAAGGGAGACAUCGUCGUCGUAGUGGACCCUGAUUCGCCGAGGAACUGUUGGCCCAAAGGUCGGGUGAUUGACACGAAGCUAGCUGCUGAUGGUCAAGUACGUUCGGCGGUGGUGCAAACUGUUAAUGGAAUUCUGGAGCGACCGGCCCUGAAACUUGCUGUUUUGGAUAUCGGUGCAAACGAUAGUGACCCAGACCCAGGUCUGGACACCGGGGGGGACUGUGACACACGUCUCGAACGUGUCAACGCACCUUAA